AUGGAAAAUACAUCUGAUAUUAAGACAUGGGACAGUAUGAUGUUCGAUUUCACUAACGCAAUUUCAAAGGACACUGAAUGUACAGAAUUAAUCACAAUCUUAAUCAGAAUGUUGUUUAGCAAUAAUGAAUUGGGUAUAUUUGAUUUAUUACCUGAACGAUCUAAAGACGUAGUUAAAAUGGAUGAUGUCAAAAAAGAACUUAAAAUAAGACAUAAUGCAAUAGUAAAAAUUAAACAAAAUCUUAUUAAUUAUCAAAAUGCUCGAAAAUCAGAUAGAUCAAUUUACAUGACGAACUUGAUUAAAUUAUGUGAUGAUUUUUAUAAUGCUCUGAUUACUGGAAGAAAUAAUGAUAACGUGUGUUUACUUACUAUUGCAAUUACGUUUGCGUUUAUACAUCUUACUAUCUUAAGAGAAAGAAAUAGGCAUUCUAAGGAAAUAUACUUGACUAAACAACCAAACAAAACUCAUGAAACAGAAUUAGUACAAAAAGUCCAAGAUUACAAACAAUAUUUUGUAGACAUGUAUUACACUUGGGAAGAUUGGCGUAAAGAAUUCAUUCAUAUUACGAGUCACCCUGAAUCUCCCGUAUCUUCAUUUCCCUGUUUUGUAAAAGAUAGUUACCACGAUUUAAGCAUAUAUUAUAUGUACCCACAUUCUACUGAUGAGGUGAUGUUAAAAGAUGAAACAAAGUUAAACAAAUAUAAAGAGCUAUGUAAUCAAAGUAAAAUGUGUUUUCUCGACGAAGCAAAAGGUAUAUUUUUGAAUAUGUAUUCACAUACUUUUGUUUUGGAUAAAUUCUUUCCUAAUAAUUGGGGUGCACUAUCCGUCGCUCCAAAUCGAACAAUUGGUACCUUUACUUACGGAAUUGUUGGAAAAAACACCCUUCCAAAUGUAAAGUUGUAUGGAACGGAUUAUGAAGAAAAUUUUAAAUUAUGUUCUGAUGAACCGGGUAUAAUUACAGGUAUAAACAUUCACCAUUCUGAUAUUUUGAAUGGUUUAACGGUUAAAUAUAAAGGUCGUCCUGGGACAAGUAUAGGGGAUGUAAAAGCUGGAGAUGCGACAACUAUUCGAGGUCUUAAUAAAGAUGAUAGAUAUAUAACUGGGGUGGAUAUUUAUUUUAAUAACGAGCGUGUUAUUAGUGGCAUUCAAUUUUAUUUUAAGGACAAUUUAGUUAGCGAAGUUUUUGGAAGUGAUAAAGAUUCAAAAAUUUUUUGCUGGUGGACCUAUUAA